UGCAUGUAUUCAAGGCUGUCAUUACUCAUCGGGGCGGGUGUUUCCGGUUCUUCCUAAUGGCUUGUUUUUAGUGGAUGGGGUAUCUAUCAAAUCUUUCUUAAUCCGUAAUGGACAGUCAAGGCAGAAACGUUGUCGUUUGUGACAACGGUACCGGAUUUGUAAAAUGUGGUUAUGCAGGUUCUAACUUUCCAACAUUCCUUUUCCCCUCACUGGUGGGGCGACCCAUCAUUCGGUCACAAACCAAAAUAAUGGACAUUGAAGUCAAGGAUUUGAUGGUUGGUGAGGAAGCAAGUAAACUACGAUCUAUGUUAGAAGUAAACUAUCCAAUGGAAAAUGGUAUUGUUCGCAGCUGGGAUGAUAUGAUACAUUUGUACGAUCACACAUUUGGUAAAGACAUGAUGAACAUUGAUCCCAAAAAUACCAGAAUACUGCUUACAGAACCACCCAUGAAUCCCGUGAAAAAUAGAGAAAAAAUGGUAGAGACAAUGUUUGAGAAAUACCAGUUCCACAGUGUGCAUGUAGCUAUACAGGCUGUUUUAACAUUGUAUGCACAAGGUUUAUUAACGGGUGUUGUAGUAGAUUCUGGUGAUGGUGUAACACAUAUCUGUCCUGUCUAUGAAGGUUUUUCUUUACCUUUUUUAACCCGAAGAUUAGAUAUUGCAGGUCGAGAUAUCACUAGAUACCUUAUCAAGUUAUUGUUAUUGCGCGGUUAUGCCUUUAAUCAUUCAGCUGAUUUUGAGACUGUGAGAAUGAUGAAAGAAAAAUUAUGUUAUGUAGCUUAUGAUGUAGAACAAGAACAAAAAUUAGCCUUAGAAACAACUGUUUUAGUAGAACCUUAUACACUUCCUGAUGGUCGAGUUAUUAAAGUUGGUGGUGAAAGGUUUGAAGCCCCAGAAGCUUUAUUCCAGCCUCAUCUUAUAAAUAUAGAAAGUUUAGGUGUAGCUGAAUUACUGUUCCAGACUAUACAGUCUGCAGAUAUAGAUACACGUCCAGAGUUUUAUAAACAUAUUGUAUUAUCUGGAGGUUCAUCUAUGUAUCCUGGUUUACCUUCACGAUUAGAACGAGAGAUGAAACAGUUAUAUCUUGAAAGAAUAUUAAAAGGCAAUGCAGAAAAAUUAUCGAAAUUUAAAAUCAGAAUAGAAGAUCCCCCUCGAAGAAAACAUAUGGUAUUUUUAGGUGGUUCCGUAUUGUCUGAUAUUAUGAAAGACAAAGAUGAGUUUUGGAUGACACGACAGGAAUAUGAGGAACAAGGAAUUAGAGUCCUAGAUAAAUUACUUAAACCAAUGAGUGCAUAAGAUGUAUAUAUUGUUUAAUUUCAUCAUGUGUAUUCAUUCUAUAGACUUCAAACAUUGACAAAUUUACACAGUCUAGGUUAAAUAUUAACCCAAAUUCCAGUUUGAUUUCAGAUUGCUUUUAUAUUGACUUGCAGUGGGGCAGGUGGUUUGUAAUUAUAGCUUAUGCUAAUAUAACAUUUAGUUCUGUAUGUUGAUAAACUAAACGUAAUUCAGAUCUAUAAAACUAAGCCCAAGGAAAACACAUCAAUAAUUAACACCUGUCAUGUUUUAAUUCUAAUGGUAUCAAAAUUUGCUCUGUCACUGACACUAGUUUUACCAGUAUUGUUUAAUACUAAUUCUGCUGAAGUGAUCUCAUCCAGUAAUUUGAACAAAUUUACGGUGUGGAUUUGAUUGUUAAUGAUUAUUUAUUUGUUAAAAAUAUGACUACCAAUUCUUUCAUUUUGUGUAAAUUGAAUUUGCCAAAUUUUUUUUCUGAAUGUUUGAUAAACAUACAUCUUGGUUUUCAUAAGCAUGUUACUAUCCAAAUCUGUAAACCACCUAAAAUUGCUAAACUGUUAAUCAAAAAAACUGAAAUAAGCUAUUAAAAUUUUAAGUUUGCACCAGAACGAAAAACCAAAUUGCAAUAUUUUGUGAAGGAGAAAUAUUUUGUAAUUAAUUUUGUUAUAGUUAUAUCUACUUCUGUUAUAUAUUUAUUUUAUAUACUUAACUUAAAAUAUAGAGACUUAUAUCAUGAACAGUAACACUGUAAUAUUUUAUUUAAUUAAAUAACUGGUUAUAAAGUAGCUCUUUAUGUAGUAGCUUUGUUGAAUAUAAUAAAUUACUCUAGAAUUAUUUUUCAUAGAUUUAACCAUUUUUUCCCCUAUUUUUGAGUUCUAACCAAAAGAAUUUUAUAUUUUUAUUAUUUGCCUAAAGUAUUAUUUAUAUUUUGCUCGCUUUCCAUGAAAGAUUUUAAUAUGUAAAAAUGUUAGUAUAUGAUCAAAUUGUAUGAAAAAUGGUGCUUGAAACCAAUAUUCCCUAGCCAACAUUUGUCUUAAUUUCAUCAACAGUUGCAAUCAUAAAUAUAUAUAAAUUUAUUGGAAAAUGUAUCCAAAUUACCAGAAAAAUUACAUCUUUUUGGAUACUUUAAGAAACUAAUUUUGCAAGUCUACAAAGUUUAAUGUAUUUACGAUUAUGUAUCAUUCUUGCAAUAUGGUGAAACAGGCACCUGCAUUAUUUAGUGAAGUAUACAUGUGUGCUAAAAUAAUAAUGUCCAGCUUAGUAUAAUUACCUUGAUUAAUUUAUUGUGGGUUUAUAAGGCAAUUUAAGACUAUAAUUUUCCAGGGUCAUAAAGAUGGGAACAUCUAUUUUAAAAGAUAAAUUUCAUGUAUGAAAAUUGUUACCCUUCUUUCAAAAAGAUUUAGAUCAGUCUGAAAUCAGACACCAAUGAAUCAAAUGUAAAAAAAAAAUAUUGUACAGGUCAAAAGGUCACUCUUUAUGAUAUUUCCAUAAACAUUUCAAUUGUAAAUAAUUUAUACACAUGUAGCAAAAAAUCAUUUGAUCAUUUUACUGGGAUCAAUUCAUGAUUUGUUUGUUUUGUGAUGGGAGUAAAUCAUUUGUACAUACAGAGUAGUAUGUUCUUACAGAUGACAAGUAUUGUAUAUGGUUAUGUAAUAUAAUGCACAUAUUGCAAAUAAAAUACAUCUAUAAAAUA